GGAGCGGAGCGGCGGGAGCGGCGGGGCCAUGCAGCCCCCGGCGGCCUCCCCCGGCCCCGCCGCCCCGGCGGGAGCCGAGCUGCUGCGCUGGCAGUGGCGGGAGGUGCAGGCGCCCUGCCUGGUGGCCGCCUGGAUCCUGGUAGCCAGCCUGGCCAAGAUCGUUUUCCACCUGUCAAGGAAGGUGACAUCCGUUGUCCCAGAGAGCUGCCUUCUCAUCCUGCUGGGGCUGGGCCUGGGGGGCAUCGUGUUGGCCGUGGCAAAGAAAGCUGAGUACCAGCUGGAGCCCAACAUGUUCUUCCUCUUCCUUCUGCCCCCCAUCGUCCUGGACUCGGGGUACUUCAUGCCCAGCCGGCUGUUCUUUGACAACAUUGGUGCCAUCCUCACCUACGCAGUGGUGGGCACGCUCUGGAACUCCUUCGCCACUGGCACCGCACUCUGGGGGCUGCACCGCGCUGGGCUCAUGGAUCCAGGUGUUGAAGCUGGGCUGAUGGAUUUCCUGCUCUUUGGCAGCCUGAUUUCAGCUGUGGACCCUGUGGCAGUCCUGGCUGUCUUUGAGGAGGUCCAUGUUAAUGAGACCCUCUUCAUCAUUGUGUUUGGCGAGUCUCUCCUGAAUGAUGCUGUCACCGUGGUGCUGUACAAGGUCUUCAACUCUUUUGUGGAGCUGGGCCCAGCGCACAUCCACGCCACAGACUAUGUGAAGGGGGUAGCCUCCUUCUUCCUGGUGAGCCUGGGGGGCACAGCCGUGGGGCUGCUCUUUGCCUUCCUGCUGGCCCUGAUCACGCGGUUCACCAAGCGCGUGCGCAUCAUCGAGCCGCUCUUCGUCUUCCUGCUGGCCUACGUGGCGUACCUGGCUGCCGAGAUGGUCUCGCUCUCCGCCAUCCUGGCAGUCACCUUCUGUGGGAUCUGCUGCAAGAAGUACGUGGAAGCCAACAUCUCCCAGAAAUCCCGCACCACAGUCAAGUACACCAUGAAGACACUGGCCAGCAGCUCAGAGACCAUCAUCUUCAUGUUUCUGGGCAUCUCGGCCGUGGACACCUCCAAGUGGACGUGGGACACAGCACUGGUGCUGGGCACCCUGUUCUUUAUCCUGCUCUUCAGAGCCGUGGGUGUUGUUCUCCAAACGUACGUGCUCAACCGCUUCCGCCUCAUCCCCCUGGACAGGAUCGACCAGGUGGUCAUGUCAUAUGGUGGCCUCCGUGGGGCCGUGGCCUUCGCCCUGGUCAUCCUGCUGGACAGGGAAAAGGUGAAAGCCAAGGACUACUUUGUGGCAACGACCAUCGUGGUGGUGUUCUUCACCGUCAUCGUGCAGGGCCUCACCAUCAAACCCCUGGUGACGUGGCUGAAGGUGAAGCGUAGUGACCACCACAAACCCACGCUCAACGAGGAGCUGCAUGAGCACGCCUUUGACCACAUCUUGGCAGCGGUGGAGGACAUCGUGGGGCACCAUGGCUACCACUACUGGCGGGACAAGUGGGAGCAGUUUGACAAGAAAUACCUGAGCCAGCUCCUGAUGCGGAAAUCUGCCUACAGGCUGCGGGAUGAGAUCUGGGAUGUUUAUUACAAGCUGAAUAUCCGUGAUGCCAUCAGCUUUGUAGAUCAGGGUGGCCACGUGCACUCGGCUGCCAAGCUGUCGCUGCCCUCCAUGCCCAGCCGCACGUCCAUGUCAGAGUCAUCAGUCACCAACCUCCUGAGGGAGAGCGGGAGCGGGGCGUGCCUGGACCUGCAGGUGAUCGACACGGUGCGGAGCCGCCGCGACAAGGAGGACGCUGCCAUGCACCACGUGCUGCGGGGGAGCCUCUACAAGCCCCGGCGGCGGUACAAGGCCAGCUACAGCCGUCACUUCAUCUCUCCAGAUAAACAAGAGCGCCAAGAUAAAGAAAUCUUCCGGCAGAACAUGAAGAGGCGGCUGGAGACCUUCAAGUCCACAAAGCACAAUGUCUGCUCCUCCAAGAGCAAGGCCAGGCUGAAGGAAAAAGGCAGGAAAAAGAAGAACAUCUCUCUGACCAAAGAGACAGCCAACGGGAAGACUCACAGAAGUGUCCCCUGGCAGGAUGCAGCUCCUGUCCUGGUGAUGGUCAGCUCAGAGGAGGAGGAGAGUGAUAGCUCAGAGACGGAGAAGGAGGACGAUGAGGGGAUUGUGUUCGUUGCUCGAGCCACUGAUGAGGUCCUGCAGGGAAAGACAACUCCUGGGUCCAAGGAGAGACUGAGAGCUGUGCAAGCUCCCUCUCACUGUCCCUCCAUCUGCAUCUCCAGGCAGCCUGGAUGUCUGCCCCAGCCCCUGCAUCAUCCCUCCAUCGCCAACCCUGGCAGAGAAAGAGCUGCCAUGGAAAGGAGACCAGGCUGACCUGGCUGUUUAUGUCUCCUCGGAGACCACCAAGAUCGUGCCAGUGGAUAUGCAGAAGGCGUGGAACCAAAGCAUCUCCUCCCUGGAGAGCAUCGCCUCCCCCCCAGGCAUCGAGAGCGGGCCUCAGCACAGGAGGUUUGCCUGCCCUGUGCUGGAGGAGCAGCCCCAGUCUGCAAGCCAGGCGAUGCCAGAGCAGAGCUCCUGCUUCCAGUUCCCCAGCCACCUCUCCAAGAGCGGCCGGUCACAGAGUGACAGCAGCCCGGACGGUCCCGAGCAGCAGGAGCUGCAGCCUUUGAUGGCCACAGAGGAGCAGGGCAGGGUGCCACCCUCUGCAGAGCCCAGGUGGCUGAUGUUCAACAGAGCAGGCCACCUCUGAGGCACCCUGUGCAUUGGGAAGGGGCUGAGAGCUGCAGACAGGCUAUGACCUGGUGACUGCUUUGUCUUGCACUGCAAAGCUUGUGUGUGUCUCCAUAAACUCCAGGAGUGGCAGGAGAGCCCAGUACUCCUCCUGGAGCUGUUCUCCAGGGUGUGCUUUGCCCAUGUAUCUGCUGAUGCAAACCUGGUCAAUGAUUGGUCUUUGUGCUGCGACAGCAGGUACCAGCCCCUGUCCACCUAGGAAGGCACAGAUCCCAAACCUCAUUCGUCCUCUCUGGUCCCUACACAUCUCUGCAGCUGGGAGGUUAGAGAUAUUUCUCCCAGGGCUGGGAUCCCAAACAGACUUGAUCCUGUCAUGCCUGUGCUGCCCUGAGUCGGUGGCUGCUGGAAGAUGGGCUGUGGCUGCUCACAGGUGUAAGAGUGUGAGCUGGUCUCCAGCCUGGCUGUGAGCAGGAGGUCUGUGGGAAAAGGGAUGGGAGCAGUGCUGGUGCACAAGAGCCCACCCACACCCAGUGACCGAGCCAUUGACUGCAAGGUGGCCACAGUGCUGGUUCCUCACAGCAUGCAUGGAGCUCAGGGAUGGGCUCCUUGCCACGACAGCCCCGUGUUCCCUGGAUUCUGGAGGCACCACAGAGGCAAAGCCAUGGCUUUCUCAGGACUGGGAGCAGUGCUCCUGGGGUUUGGCUCCAGCAGGAGCUGGGCCAGCAAACCUGUACGCACAGGGACUCCUCCAGCAGCCAACCUGCUGUGCCAGCCUCGCACCUCUCACCUGGAUGUGUUCCCAGCAGCUGCAGUGCUCAGCUUUCUGGCUUCACUGGGAGGCAGCUGCCCUGCACAGCAUCCUUGGUGUUUGUUCUGCCCACGUCUGAGUCUCCCAGUUGCCUGAAGUGCAUCAGCUGGGAGGACUGGUCAUGGUGCAAGGAGUGGAGCGAGCAGCAGGUAUGAAUGUACAUCAGGAACGGGUGAUGGGUGUGACCAGUGUGCGUCUUCAAUGGUCUGUCCCCAACAGCUGCAUCCCAGCCACCCCUGUUCCCUCCUCAGAGGGUGAUGGGAGCUGGUGGCCCACACGAUGAAUUAUUGCUGGUGUGACCCAGGGGCCAAGAAUUGCACCCCAAGAACUGCUCAGCACACAAAAGAGCACAAUGGCUGGGCACUGGUAGAGCAGGAGGGUUGGGGGUCACUCCUCUUUGGGAAAAAUGGGACUUGGACUGGGCUGUUAAUGCUCCAAAGCAGAUAAAAGGCUGCCUUUUCCAGCUCUGUGUGUGUGCUGAGACAGCAGGUGUCAAGGGGACACUUGGGUGCUCUGGGUGGGUGAGUCCAGUGUGGAGCAGGUGAGCUGGUGGGACUCCCAGCCCGCUCAGCAGAGGCCCUUCAGCUCUGUACCUGUUCCACUAGAUGAGCAUGAGGUUUUUAAAAGGUUUUUAUAUAGUUUUGCAUUUCUGGUAUGACUUAUUCUAGUUUUGAUUUCUGAUAUUGGGCCAUACUAAAUCUCUAGUUGGGUCAGUGUUUUCUGUAGCCAUGGGCACCACAAAUGACUCAAUACUUAAUAUAUUAUUUGCAAGGAUAUUGUUAUAAUGUGAAAAUAUAUGCAGAGUAUUUUGUAAUGUUCAAUAAACUGGAGUUGGAGCAAA